AUGUCCCGUGAAGUGCUGCCAAAGAAUGUUACCCCCUUGCAUUAUGACAUUACAUUAGAACCUGACUUUCAGGCUUUUACGUUUGAAGGCUCCCUGAGAAUUGAUUUGCAAAUCAAUGAUCAUUCGAUAAACUAUGUCCAAGUAAAUUGCUUAGAAAUAGAUUUCAAUACCGCACGUAUUGAAGGAGUCAGUGCCAUUGAAGUUGACAAAAGCGAAAACCAACAAACGGCUACGUUUGUCUUUCCUGAUGGAACUUUUGAAAAUCUAGGACCUUCUGCGGAGUUAAAAAUUAGCUUUACAGGUAUUCUAAAUGACCAGAUGGCGGGAUUUUACAGGGCCAAAUAUACGGAUAAAGCCACAGGUGAAAUGAAGUACAUGGCUACUACUCAAAUGGAAGCUACCGAUGCUAGGAGAGCUUUCCCUUGUUUCGACGAACCAAAUUUGAAGGCUACUUUUGCCGUCACUUUGAUUUCUGAACCGUUUCUGACUCAUUUGUCCAAUAUGGAUGUCAAGGCUGAAACGGUUAAAGAGGGUAAGAAAUAUACAACUUUCAACACUACUCCAAAGAUGUCUACCUACUUGGUAGCGUUUAUUGUAGCCGACUUGAGAUACGUGGAAAGCAAUAAUUUUCGUGUUCCAGUAAGGGUUUAUUCUACCCCAGGUGACGAAAAGUUUGGUCAAUUUGCAGCCGAUUUGGCUGCCAGGACCCUAAAAUUCUUUGAGGAUACCUUUAGCAUAGAAUAUCCAUUGCCAAAGAUGGAUAUGGUGGCCGUUCACGAGUUUUCUGCCGGCGCUAUGGAGAACUGGGGAUUGGUCACUUAUAGAGUUAUCGACUUGUUAUUGGACAUGAAAAAUUCAAGUUUGGAUCGUAUUCAAAGGGUUGCUGAGGUUAUUCAGCAUGAACUAGCCCAUCAAUGGUUCGGCAACUUGGUCACCAUGGACUGGUGGGAAGGCUUAUGGUUGAACGAAGGUUUUGCCACUUGGAUGUCGUGGUACUCUUGCAACGAGUUUCAGCCGGAGUGGAAAGUAUGGGAGCAAUAUGUUACUGACAACCUACAACGCGCCUUAAAUUUAGAUUCAUUAAGAUCUUCCCAUCCAAUCGAAGUUCCCGUUAAAAAUGCGGACGAAAUUAACCAGAUUUUCGAUGCAAUUUCUUAUUCUAAAGGAUCUUCUUUAUUGAGGAUGAUUUCCAAAUGGUUGGGUGAAGAGACUUUCAUUAAAGGUGUGUCCCAAUAUUUGAGUAAGUUUAAAUACGGUAAUGCAAAGACUGGAGAUUUAUGGGAUGCCUUAGCGGACGCUUCUGGUAAGGACGUUCGUUCAGUGAUGAACAUUUGGACUAAGCGUGUUGGUUUUCCAGUAUUAUCCGUCAAGGAACAAAAAAAUAAAAUCACACUAACUCAACAUCGUUAUUUAAGUACCGGUGAUGUUAAAGAAGAAGAGGACACCACAAUAUACCCCAUUUUGUUAGGUUUGAAAGAUAGUACAGGCAUUGAUAACUCUUUGGUACUAAACAAAAGAUCAGCUACUUUCGAAUUAAAGAAUGGAGACUUCUUCAAGAUUAAUGGUGAUCAAUCUGGUAUUUUCAUUACUUCUUACUCGGACGAAAGAUGGGCCAAGCUAUCUACGCAAGCGCAUUUGUUAUCCGUCGAAGAUCGUGUUGGCUUAGUCGCCGAUGCAAAAGCCCUCUCCGCGUCUGGUUAUACAUCCACCACAAACUUCUUGAACUUGAUUUCCAAUUGGAAAGACGAGGACUCUUUUGUUGUUUGGGAACAAAUCAUUAACAGUUUAUCCGCUUUGAAAUCUACUUGGCUCUUCGAACCGGAAGAUAUCUUGAAUGCUCUUGAUAAGUUUACGUUGAAUCUAGUGCUCAACAAACUUUCUGAAUUGGGAUGGAACAUCAGCGAAGAUGACUCCUUUGCCAUUCAACGUUUAAAGGUCAACCUUUUCGGUGCUGCAUGCAGUUCUGGUAACAAAGAAAUGCAAUCUAUCGCUGUGAAAAUGUUUGAAGAAUACACUGAUGGGAACAGAAAGGCCAUCCCUGCGCUGUUCAAAGCAAUUGUUUUUAACACCGUUGCCAGACUUGGUGGAGAAAACAGCUACGAAAAGAUUUUCCGCAUCUACCAAAAUCCUGUUUCGUCAGAAGAGAAAAUCGUUGCUUUGAGAGCUUUGGGCAGGUUUGAAGACAGUAGGCUAUUAGAAAGAACUUUAUCUUAUUUGUUGGAUGGUACAGUUUUAAAUCAAGAUUUUUACAUCCCAAUGCAAGGUAUUAGAGCUCACAAGGAGGGUAUCGAAAGAUUGUGGGCAUGGAUGCAAGAACAUUGGGAUGAAAUUGCCAAGAGGUUACAGCCAGGUUCGCCUGUGUUAGGGGGUGUAUUGACAUUGGGUUUAGCUAACUUCACCUCCUUCGAAGCCCUUGAAAAAAUUAGUACAUUCUAUGCUAGAAAGGUCACUAAGGGCUUUGAUCAAACUUUGGCUCAAGCCCUAGAUACCAUCAGAUCCAAGGCGCAAUGGGUGAGCAGAGAUCGUGACAUUGUUGCUGCAUACUUGCAUGAGCAAGAGUAUGGUCAAUAG